CCUCCAGACAGUUUAAAUACUGUAAUGGCAUAAUUCAAUCUCAUUCGUCAAGCUGGAAGUUCCACUGAGGUGAAUCAAGUGAGCAUGAAUGUGAAGAUCUUUUGGCGACGAAGGAAAUGACCAAUUGAGGAAAGCUGGUCGCCAAGCGGAGUGAUCAUCUAUCAGUCUCUAAUGUCAACCCAUCAGCGCGGAUCCAGUACGCAAAAAGUCUUCAGAAGUAAUGGGAUAGAACGGGAAGAGCAUCAGUUGCCAGCCAAUCGUAUGAAUUACAUGACCAACACAUGGUCCGAAUAUCCCAGCAAAGGGAAUGAUUCAGAGCCAAGUGAAGCGUCCAUCGCAGCGCCUUGUUUUAUCAACUAGACUCUGUGCCAUAAGGCUGAGUCUG